AUGUCGUCGGCCCUCAAUGCGAUUAAGAUUCGCCGCAAGAAGAAUGUCAAGAAGGGAAUUCAGUUCUGUCUGAUGGUCUGCGGUGCCAGCGGAACUGGUCGCACAACCUUCGUGAACACCCUCUGUGGCAAGACAGUACUGGAAGGCAAGGAUGCCGACGACGCCGCUAAUGCUCACAUCGAAGAGGGCGUUCGUAUCAAGCCGGCCACUGUCGGCCAGGCAUGUCUCUACCGACCAACGAAAUACCCCAACCUUCUCCCGCUAACCGAUUAUUAUUACUACAGCUUUGGCGAAAUUGUUGGUUAUCUUGAGCGCCAAUAUGAUGAUAUUCUUGCAGAGGAGUCCCGGAUCAAGCGUAACCCACGCUUCAGAGACAACCGUGUCCACGUUCUGCUGUACUUCAUCACCCCCACCGGCCACGGCCUUCGCGAACUCGAUAUCGAAUUGAUGAAGCGUUUGUCCCCUCGCGUUAAUGUCAUUCCCGUCAUUGGAAAGGCGGACUCCCUCACCCCCUCAGAAUUGGCUGAGUCGAAGAAGUUGAUCAUGGAGGAUAUUGAGCACUACCGCAUUCCCGUUUACAACUUCCCUUACGAUAUCGAGGAGGAUGAUGAGGAUACUGUUGAGGAGAACGCUGAGCUCCGUGGACUGAUGCCAUUCGCUAUUGUUGGUUCCGAGGAUUUCGUUGAGAUUGACAGCCGCAAAGUGCGCGCACGACAGUACCCCUGGGGUGUGGUCGAGGUUGAGAACCCCCGACACUCCGACUUCCUCGCUAUUCGCAGCGCUCUCCUCCACAGCCAUUUGGCCGACUUGAAGGAGAUCACCCACGACUUCCUUUACGAAAACUACCGUACCGAGAAGCUCAGCAAGAGUGUGGAUGGUUCUGGGUAUGUUAAUCCCUACUGGUUUUAUGAAUUUGAGCUUGAUAAAUUUACUCACCAAAACUACAGAAACCACGAUUCCACCUUGAACCCUGAGGACCUUGCCUCCCAGUCCGUCCGUCUCAAGGAGGAGCAACUCCGUCGCGAGGAGGAGAAGUUGCGUGAGAUCGAAAUCAAAGUGCAGCGUGAGAUUGCCGAAAAGCGACAGGAGUUGUUGGCCCGUGAGAGCCAACUCAAAGAGAUUGAGGCCCGCAUGGCCCGCGAGGCAAGCCAGAAUGUCAACUCCAACGAAUUCAACGGAGAGGCUUAG